GACUUUGGGAUAUGGGAGCGUGGAGACAAGACCAACCAAGGGAUCUCAGAAUUGAAUGCGAGUUCAGUGGGAAUGGCCAAGGCAGCCCUGGAAGUACUAGAUGAAUUAGAUUUGUUUGGUGUGAAAGGUGGGCCGCAAUCAGUUAUCCAUGUCCUGGCUGAUGAAGUGCAACACUGCCAGUCGAUCUUAAAUUCCCUACUGCCCCGGGCUUCAACAUCCAAGGAAGUUGAUGCCAGUUUGCUCUCAGUGAUCUCUUUCCCAGCCUUUGCUGUAGAGGACAACCAUUUGGUGGAGCUCACCAAACAGGAGAUCAUUACCAAACUUCAGGGUCGUUAUGGUUGCUGUCGUUUUCUACGAGAUGGAUAUAAAACUCCCAAAGAG